CCAGCGCGGAAAUUUACAAAUGGCGGACGACAGUGAAGUUUUUGUAAACAGUAAAAUAUCAUGUGUUAGUUCAAAGUGUGUCGAUGAAAUAAUAAGUGCUGUGAAUGAUGAAACAAGAAAGAUAAUAAGUAAAAAUGUAGAUUGGACUGAUGAGCAAAAAGAAAGGCUGAGGCAACGAUUUACAGAGAUUUAUGCCAAUGCUUUCAAUGUGAACAUCCAGAUAGAUUACCAGUCAAAUUCUGAAGCAGCUACAGAUGAAUUAGAACCCAUAAAUCUUGAUAGACGGAAUUAUGUCAACACCACCCUACUACCGGCUCUUGAUCAGGUCAUCAAACGAACCACACGGAGCAGAAAGCAUUGCCCACUUUUGUGCACCCAGUAUUUAUGCAGAGAGGGGAAGGCCGAAAAGAAGUUCUUGCUUUAUCAUGUAUGUUAUUAUCCUGUCUGUCCUAAUGGAAAGCAGCAAGUUGAAAAAGGUCACGUUUCUUGA